AUGAGAGAUCCAGUUUACACAGCGGCUGCCAUGGCUCAUCAUCCUUUCCAACCUCACCGACCAGGUGCUCUGCCUCUGUCAGCAUUCUUCACCGCCGCACAGCAGUCACUUUUCCCCGCCAUGACUUACCCAGAAGUCGCCUCGAUGUCCGAGCCUCUUCCGGAGCAGGCUCCGUCUGACGCGGGGCUGCACGCGGCUCUGGGACGCCCACGUCAGCCGUCAGUUCAUCCGCGGUCCUUAAAGAGUCUGCAGUCAGAGGAAGGACAGGAUGACGACCCCAAAGUCACACUCGACUCACAGAAUUUAUGGAAUGAAUUUCACAAAAGGGGAACGGAGAUGGUCAUUACAAAAUCAGGAAGGAGGAUGUUUCCACCUUUCAAAGUGCGGGUGGAUGGCCUGGAUGAAACAGCGAAGUACAUCCUGCUCAUGGACAUAGUGGCUGUGGAUGACUGCCGCUACAAGUUUCACAAUUCUCGCUGGAUGGUGGCAGGAAAAGCUGACCCAGAGAUGCCAAAGCGCAUGUACAUCCACCCAGACAGCCCGUCAAAAGGAGAGCAGUGGAUGAGCAAGCCUGUGGCGUUCCAUAAACUCAAACUCACCAAUAACAUUUCAGAUAAACAUGGAUUUACAAUACUAAAUUCCAUGCAUAAAUACCAACCCAGAUUCCAUAUCGUGAGAGCUAACGACAUAAUGAAGCUCCCUUACAGCACCUUUAGGACUUACGUUUUCCCGGAGACAGAGUUCAUCGCUGUCACCGCUUAUCAGAACGAAAAGAUUACACAACUUAAAAUAGACAACAACCCCUUUGCUAAAGGCUUCCGAGACACUGGGAAUGGAAGGCGUGAAAAGAGGAGUAAGCAGUUCACCAUUUAUCCACUGCAUGAGACCCAGGGCAAAGCAGACCACGAAGGUGCUGAAUCUGAUGACUCAUGUGAGCCACCCACUACCCGGGAUCAGUUCCACUCCCCUCGUGAGCUGUCCACACCAACACGUCAAGAUGACAACAAUAUUGGAAGUGAUUCAGAUAUGGACCAUCGGGAUGUGGAAAUUGCUGAAGUGGGCUGUUCAAGGACUGAGCGUGUGUCUUUUUUCAGCAAAAAAAACGAGGAGAUGCCGAGAACCAAACCUGCUGUCAGUAAGAGCCCUGGCAGUGACGACAAAAUAAAAGAAAGAACAAUUUUCAGGACAUCAGAUGAUUCGUCCUCUAAGGAAGCCAAGGCUUCAAAAAAGCCCACGAGUGAAAUCAAAGAUGGCGCCCAGCCUAUGCUGUUGCAGGACUCGUCGUCCCUCAGUGCCGCACAGCGUCAGACUUUGGAUUUCUCCAGCGUGCACAGGCAACAACAGUUCCUUAAGCUAGGGGCUCCUUUGCUGCUUCAUCCUGGACAGUUGUCGAUGAAGCCAGAGGUAUUUCCCGCCGCUGGGAUGGGACAUCUGCUUUCUUCUUUGCCCGGAGUAAAUAACCCGGAGAACGGAGGCUUUUCUUCUCAAAGCUUCACCUCUGCAUCUCCGUUCAUGUUUCACCUGUCACAGCACAUGCUGGCAUCUCAGGGAAUCCCGCUGUCGCCCUUCGGUGGAUUGCUCUCCUAUCCGUACCGCUACAUGGCGGCACCUGCUGCCAUUGCUCCAGCUCUCCCCACCUGCUCCGCAACCUCCACACUGGCCAGAAACCACUGUUUCCGCAGCCACCAGCCCUGGUUACGGUUCAACCCUUAUCAGAUCCCCACCUCUGCCGCCUCAUGCCAAAACCUGCUUACAACCGGAUCACCUGCGAGUUCAAACUCCCUGUCUGAGCUGUCCAAAUCUGGUAGCAGGGAGUCCAGUCCAGUGACUGAGAACCCGAGUGAAAGAACCAAGGUCAAGCUGAAGACGGCUCCGAUUAAAACUAUUGUCAAAGAGUCCAUUAAGGAACUGCAAAGCCUACAGGAUCCAGCUAGGCAAUUUGGUAAACCACUUCCUUCACAAUAG